GAGAGGAGAGAAGAGGACGGAGAAGAGUUUGCGCUCCAUCCAUGGAGCUUUCCUCUGCAGGGCAGUGACGCAGAGGCAGCCGCAGACAUGGUGAAGGAUCAGGAAGUGGAGCGCAUCGCCAGAAAGUUGGAUAAAAUGGUGCAGAAGAAGAGCACGGACAAUGCUCUGGACCUGCUGAGAGAACUGAAGAACAUCAACAUGUCUCUGGAGACACUGCAGUCUACCAGAGUGGGUAUGUCGGUGAACGCUGUGAGGAAACAAAGUUCAGACGAAGAAGUUCAGACUUUAGCCAAAACUCUCAUCAAGUCCUGGAAGAAACUGCUGGAGGGUUCAGAGGAGAAGAAAAAGGACGGCUCUCCGGUGAGGUCUUCAUCCACCUCCAAGGAUUAUGGCAGCAGUGAAAAAGGCAGUAAAUCUUCUGAGGGGCCCCCGUCCACCCCCACUUCCCCAACUACCACCACCCUCUCUCAGGUCACCUCCUUCCCCCCUGCCUCCGUAACCAUGGGCUGCGUGAGAAGCAAGAGUCGAGAGCUGCUGGUAGCGGCGCUGCAGACGGACGAUGACCACAAGGCCAUCAGAGUGGACUGCGAGCACCUGGCGGCUCAAAUCGAAGAACAGAUCUUCCAGGAGUUUAAGUCGACAGACAUGAAAUAUAAAACCCGUCUACGAAGUCGAAUCUCCAACCUGAAAGACCAGAAGAACCCAGAACUGCGCCGCAACGUACUGUGUGGAAACAUCUCGCCACAUCGCAUCGCCUGUAUGACUGCUGAGGAAAUGGCGAGUGCAGAGCUGAAGCAGAUGAGAGAGGCUCUGACAAAAGAGUCGAUCAGACAGCAUCAGCUUUCCAAGGUCGGAGGAACUGAGACAGACAUGUUUAUCUGCAGCAAGUGUCAUGGAAAGAGCUGCACGUACACACAGGUGCAGACCCGCAGCGCUGAUGAGCCCAUGACCACUUUUGUUUUGUGUAACGACUGCGGCAACCGAUGGAAGCUUACAUCCACUGGUGUGGCUCGACCGACAGAUCAGCUGACUCAGAACCCACGGAGCAGACGCUCCUCCACAGCCAGAGGUUUGAGAGAAGUCUCCAGAAGCAUGGCCUCAGCUUUGGUGGUGCUGUCCAGCGUGCUGUAACUUGUCAUUUCAACUGCUGAAAUCAAUUAAAUAUUUUCUUUACCUCCUUAAAGAAAGAAAACCCGAACACUGAGAGUGCCAGUGCUGAAAAUCCAAGACGUACGGCUGUAAGGUGCACCUGUAAACACCUGGAUUUUAGAAGCUAAUGUGGGAGAA